UAUAUUCACGAGGAAGUAGUAAAGCACCGAUAUGACGAUAUAGGGCUGUUGUAAUGACCUGUGGGAGUCCUAACUCCUCGCUAGCAUCUCUGUGCUUCCACAAACACAAUCCCUAUCUUGUCUCCCUUUCUUUUUAUACGAUCCCUAUAUGCACUCUUUUUUUAAUCCGCAGGAUUUUUUAUUUACUUGUCUCCACUCAUUUUUAUAUACUUCUACGUAGAAGGGGGAAAGCCCCUAUAAAAAUUAAUAAUAGAGAAAAAAUUGUCGUCAUGGAAAUGAAAUGCAUACCAUCCAUGUGUGCUGCCGUUAGCAAGUUUGACGAGUGAAGAAGUAAUUAUAAAGAAAAUUGCCUGAGGCUAUUUGUUGUUGUGGUCGUCAUGGAAACGAUGUAAUACACAUGCGCACCAAGUUUCACCUCCAUGCGUGCUAUAGUUAGCAAGUUUGAGGAGUGAAGAAGUAAUUUUAAAGAAAAGUGCCUGAGGCUAUUUGUUGUUGUGGUCGUCAUGGAAACGAUGUAAUAGACAUGCGCACCAAGUUUCAUCUCCAUGCGUGAUACUGAUAGCGAGUUUGAGGAGUGAAGAAGUAAUUUUAAAGAAAAGUGCCUGAGGCUAUUUGUUGUUGUAGUUG